AGCUCUGGUAGUAUCGACCACAGGGGUGUAGCAGCUGAUGUUGCCUUCGGAGCAGACGAUGUAGAGGUGUAUAGGAAACCUGAAGUUAAUAAACCAGUAGUUCAACGAGACACCGAGAAUAGGGAGGAUGCGAAAGUACUAAACAAGAAAGAGCCUAAAGUCAAUGCGGAUGUGGAGAAAGAGAUACCAUUUGUGAAGCCGACACCUAGAACAAAGAAGGAGGUCAAAGAUUGGCCACAUCCAGCUCUCGAAGUUGUUGCAGCACAUCGUGUUGGAAAGGGUGAUCAAACUACGAGGUAUAGUGUCCUGGCUAAAUGUUUCAGGGUUGGCGAUGAUACAAACUAUGUAGGACAAGCCGUCCACACCUGCAUUUGA